CAACUAACAAAACACAUGGAGGAGGAGGAGGAGGAGGAAGAAGACACAAGCGAAAACAGCCUGUCAUGUCCCAGACCCAAGCUUGGUAGUCUCCUUACAAAAACCCUCCUCUCCCUCCCCCUCCUUCCACGGCCCGAACUGCAUUGCCUCCUCUCUACAUCUCCUCCCUCCAUUCCUCUGUGCUCGGUAGUUUGCCUUAAAGUGCUACUAGCAAUGGAGGCAGCUCUCAAGCUCAAGUUGUUCGCCAUGGCCAUGAUGGCCGUCGUGAUGGCCGCGUCCAUGGUGCAGAAGGCCGCGGCGGCGCAGGCACCCGCUCCCAGCCCCACCUCCGGCGCCCCCACGUCGUCCACCGCUGCCGCGGCCCUGGCGUCGGUGGCCGCCCUGGCCUUCGGUUAUCUCCUCUGCUGAGCGACGUGUUCAUCACCUUCCCUGCCGUGACUCAUCACGUUCGGUCUUCUUCUUUUGCAUGGUGGAGGGGGAGAGUGUAGUGUAUGCAUGAUGACCGUACGUGGGUGGUGAACGCUGUAUCAGUUUCCAUGGUGUUUAUUACAAUGUGAUUCAUUCUUUCUAUUACAAUUGGAGCAACAAAGCAUAAGCAAAUUUUAUGUACUUUGAGAAUUUUAGAGCUGAAGAAACUCAAAAGGAAAUAUUAUUUUGUAA